GGUUCCUGUUCUCCCCAGCAGAACAAUCCUCAGGGGUUCAGGCUCUGAAGUUGAAGGUGACGCUUCACAGACUAAGAAUUGUACCAGGAAGGGUUUGUGAUAAAUCAGCCAGACCUGUGAGAGUGAAGGAACAACAAACAAAGAAUUGUACCAGGAAGGGUUUGUGAUAAAUCAGCCAGACCUGUGAGAGUGAAGGAACAACAAACAAAGAAUUGUACCAGGAAGGGUUUGUGAGGUGGAGACUCACGACAUCACAGCACGAGGAGUUGGAGGAGGAAGAGGAAAGACUGAAAUCAAAACUGAAACUUCAUCUUUGACAGAUGACGAAGAAGAUGAGUUGGAGGAAACUGCAGCUACAGUGAAGAUUGAUCCAGUGAAUAAACCUGGUGAAAGUGAACAACAUGGAGACAUGACAGACAGAGAGUCUGAAAUCAAGUCUUGAUCAUCCAAUGGGAAAGACUGUUCGCUUUUAACUGCCAAUAUGAGCUCCACAGAGGACAAUAAAACACUGAUGGACACAAGUCCACCAUCGCAACCUAAUGAAUUGAAUCCAGAGUUUACUCUUGUGUUAAUUGGUGACACAAAUUCUAUUGAGAUUGGACCGAAAAAUAUCUUGCUUGCCAACGAUGAGCAGACACAUAUGCAGCAUCUGUCACCCAAACUGUAUGAUCUGUGUGGUCGACACAUCUCUGUGAUCAACAUGCUUGGUCAGCAAAACACUGAGAACCUCCUGCUAAAUCAGGGAGCUCAUAUUUUUCUCCUGAUAUUACCAAACAGUCUGGAUAGCAGCCAACAUAGUGCAGGAGUGCAGUGGUUGGAAAAGGCUUUUGGGAAAGAGUCACUUUCUUAUUUAAUAACAGUUGUGACUCAUGAUGCAGAUGCAGAGUGUGAAAGUGCACUGAGAGAUUUGAAAGCCAACACAGGUUUUGAUGAAAAAAGGUACCACACAUGCACAAAAAGUAUGACAGAUGUUUAUGAAAUGACAGCACUGCUGGAAAAAAUAGAUGUCAUGGUCUCUGAAAUGAAGCCAUACUGCGGCAGCAGAGGGACGCUGAAUAAGAAUGAUGAGCAAAAACAUGUGGACUUCAAAUCAAACACAGAAGAAGGGACGGAUUCCUCAGAGUUUCAGCAAAAUCAGACAGGUUGUCCUGCAGAAGAUGAGGGGAAGAGUUCAUCUAACGUCAAAGUGAAGAGUGACCUGCUGAAUGAACCCGGUGAUGUUGAGCACUCAAAGAAUGAUGACAGCCCAGUGGCAAAAGGUGCUGCAGAUGAGGUUACACAUGAAAACAAGGACAAGGUCAGAAAAAUGCCAAAUUCUGUGAAGAUUUCUGAAGAGAUCGACAAGGAAAAUCCACACCAAAGAGUAACUGAAACACUGCUCAGACUUGAUCUUCAAGACAAACAUCAACAGAAGUUGACUUCAGAAGAUUUUCUCAAAAUUGGUCCAGCUAUGAAAAAGUACCAUGUGACUUCAGAGAAAGAAUUAACAAAUACAUUUCUUCACAAGCUUCUCAUGUUAGACUACAGAGCCAGAUAUAUUCCUGUUAAACAAGAGAUUCUCGGGGUGAGUGAUUCAAAACCUAUUCAAGUGUGUGAUAGUGCUGAAGUAGAGGACAUAGAUGAUAUGGAUGAUUUUUUUAGCACAGGUGAAGACACUAAACAAACAAAAGAGACUCAUUUGCAUCAAAUGGACAUUCAAAUGGCAGUAUUUCACUGUUCAGACAGCUUCCUCAAGCAGAACAUUGUAUCAAAGCUCUCACAAUGUCAGUAUGCUUUACCUUUGCUUGUUCCUGACCCAGUCACGAUGGAUAUUGAGUGUCCUCUUUGGACAUUCAGAAAAAUAACAAAAAGCUGGAAGACAACUGAUAUCCAAACUGACAGCAAAAUAAUGAAGAGCAUGCCCAUCUGCAAAGCCAAGACACCCAUGGUGUCAUUUUUGCGACUGGAUUCACCAUCAGUGUCAAAAUCUCAGCUGAUAAACAUGUUGAUCAACGACCGUCACAACACUUUCUUCCACAGACACCUUCAAGGAAGCAACAAAACUCGCCACUUGGUGGAUGGCAUGGCAGAGAUUGCCUGGUACUGUCCAGCUGGAAAAUGUAAUGAUGCCUUCAAUGACUGUGUUGCCUUCUGUAAUCUCCAUGGUGAUGCUCUGUUGUUUGAGAAACAGCGUGACAUACUUAUUGAAAAAUCUUCAGUUAAUGUUGUGCUUGUACCAACUCUGGAAAAGGGUCACAAAAGUCGUCGAGUAAUCGAGGCUCUCUGGAAAUGUCAAAAGCCUCUCAUUAUUCUCAUUACUGAUACUGACGGUGGUAAAGAUCAGAAGAAACAGGGCAGAUACAAAAUAAGUCUAAAAGACAGAAGUCAUUCAGAUAUUACUGAAGAACUGAAAACAAUCAUUGGACACAUUUUGUAUGAGUCACAUACAUCCUUCCACCUUGAAAGUAUGGCAGAGGUCCCUGGAAUCAGAGUGGAUGAAGAUGACCCAGUCUGCCAAAAAGGGAAAACUGCUGCAUUGGAAAUGAUGAAUUUGCUUAAGAAGAUACAGGAUGUCACAGAAAUCAAAAGCAAAUUUCUCCCUUGUCAAGGCCAAUUGUGGCAUGAGUGGAGCAGAAUAAAAAAAGAGCUGUACCACCUGACAGGACAGAUUGAGAUUGAGAAAUCUAAAAAGGAAAAUGAACUGAUGAAAAUACGACAAGAUCAGUGCAAACAUUCCUGUAGUGAGCUGAUAAAGCUGUUUACUGAUAAUCUUUUGUCUCUGUCAUCAACUGAGAGACAGUAUUUCCUGAAAUGGACUCAGAUCUUCCUUGAUGACCAUGUUACUGAUGAUCUGUCUGUAAUUCUGCAAAACUAUGAUAAAAAAUGGUCUGAGGUCUUGGCUCUGAAAAAGAAACACAACAAAUCUGACCUUUUCAAAAGCAAACAAACUGAGCUUGAACAAAUAUCAACAAAACUCCAGUCAGCAUCUUUUGGUUUGGAGCACAUCUUUAGAGAAAUGGGGCAGAUCUAUGAAGCCCAUAAAUCUCAGAAGAAACAAGAAUGCAGAGAUGCAGACUGGUUUAAAUACCCCGAGCUUGCUGCAGAGCUGAUGAUAUCAGGACACCCAAUGGAGCUUAUAGAUGGUGAUGCAGGUAAUGUCCCGCUGACAUGGAUCUCUAGUCUUUUAGAUGAGGUCAUCAAAAAACUAGGUGAUAAGAGAGUUUUUGUUCUUUCAGUUUUAGGAAUACAAAGCAGUGGAAAAUCAACAAUGCUGAAUGCCAUGUUUGGGUUAGAGUUUGCAGUGAGUGCUGGCAGGUGCACCAAGGGAGCCUUCAUGCAGCUGGUUAAAGUGUCUGAGGAGGUCAAGGAGAAAUUCACGUUUGACUACAUUCUUGUGGUAGACACGGAAGGACUACGUGCUCUUGAGUUAGGCCAUGCCACUCUUCACCAUGACAAUGAACUGGCAACAUUUGUUGUUGGUCUGGGAAACAUUACAUUGAUCAACAUCUUUGGCGAGAAUCCAGCUGAGAUGCAAGAUAUUCUGCAGAUUGUUGUACAGGCCUUCAUGAGGAUGAAGAAAGUUAAUCUUUCUCCAAGUUGCAUGUUUGUUCACCAGAAUGUUACAGAUAUUACAGCUGUAGAGAAAACCAUGGAUGGAAAGAGACGUCUGCAAGACAAACUGGACCAGAUGGCUCAACUUGCUGCCAAAGAGGAGGUGUUUGAUGUGGACUGUUUCAGUGAUGUCAUUGCAUUUGAUGUUGAAAAGGAUGUGAAAUACCUUGCCCAACUAUGGGAGGGAAGUCCACCGAUGGCUCCUCCAAAUCCAGAUUAUUGUGAGAGUGUCCAGGAGCUAAGGAACAUGAUCCUCUCUAAAGCUUCAGAUUCUGCUGGGAUUACUCUGUCACAGUUUAAAACCAAAAUCCAGGAUCUUUGGAAUGCCCUUGUGAAAGAAAACUUUGUUUUCAAUUUCAAAAACACAUUUGAAAUUGCAGUGUACAGAAACCUUGAGGUCCAGUUUGGGAAAUGGACCUGGAACCUGAGGAGCAACAUGUUGACCAUUGAAAACCAGCAGUAUAACUGCAUUGAAAAUGGAAAUACUGACAAAGUUGAGCUCAAGCAUCUUUAUGAAGAAAUGAGCAAAACCUAUGAAAAAACCAAAGAAGAAAUUCAAAAGUAUUUUGAUCAUGACAAAGACAAAGAAAUAUUGGUUCAGUGGCGAGGACGAUUUGAAAGCAAAAUCAAUGAUUUUCAUGAGGAACUGGUAAAGGAAACAAAAAGAAAAUUGGAUGAAAUUAUCCAACAGAAGAAUGCAUGUAAAAAGCUAAAUGAUGAGAAGACAGUGUUUGAGAACAAGCUUCUGCAGAAGAGCAAAGAGCUCGCUCAUCAGUUAAAAGACAAGGGACAAGAAGAAAAGGAAUUAAAAAUGCAGUUUGACCAUGUUUGGGAAGGCUGGGUGGACGAACUAACUUCAGAUACAAAACCUAUUGAAGACAUCGACUUUGAAAAAGAACAGAACAAGGUCUUGACUGACCUUGGUAUUGAAUGGUAUCUCAUGUAUGACUCCAAACGCUAUGGCAGGCAUAAAGAAUUACCAGUGUGUGGGACUUAUUCUGAUUACAUCACUCCAAAGACGUUGGUUGGAAAGAUAAAGAAGCUAAUCUACUAUGACCACGAACACAUCAGAUCCUUCAUUGCCAGAGUUGAACAACAGUCCAUUGAUAAUAUUAAGACUAAACCUGUAAUCACAAGAGGUUUCCAAUCAACUUACUUGCAAGAAGUGGCCAACAAUGUUAUAAAAGAAGUAACAGAACUUGAAGCAGAGCUGAAAUGCAAAGCAAGGAAGGAGUUUAAAGUUGAUCUCAUACUGUAUGUGUUUGACAGAGCAACAAUUUGGCUUUCAGAGUCUCACAAGAAAUUCAAGAUGAACAAUGAUGCCAUUGCUUACCUUGAGGGCAAGAAAACACAGUAUUAUGAUAUUUUUAAAAGCUUCUGCAAAGGACACUCCUCUGCUGUUGUGUUUGGAAAAGUGAUCUGUGAAAAACUCCGGUCUGCUACUGCUCAGGCAGUCUUUACUAAGACUGCCAUUGAUCUUGCUGGAGAGAUGAAAUGUAAUUUCCCAGCAUUCAAUGGGAACCGGUUGGUCUUGGAGAAACAUGUGUUAAAGUCACUGGCAGAGAAAGGCUCAUUUAAAGACUAUAUUAAUUACAUUCAGCAGCCAAGAAAACAUGUAGAGUCUUAUAUUGAAGAGCAAGUGAAGGAAUAUAUCUUCACAGAUCAUGAAGACAGAACAAUGGAUAUACGGGGAAAAAAUGCUGAAGACAUCAAAAGAGUGGUAAAUCAAGCUUUAUUUACUGCAUCGAAAAAUGUCAAAACCCAGAGAGGAAGCACAGACCUGUGGCUGAAGGAAUUUUCCAGUUUGCUAAAAGAUGAACUGACCAUUGGUGAUAUUUCUUCUGAAAAUUUCAGUGACAUUACCAACUUCGACUUUCUAAAGGACGAAAUAAAGACAGGAUUUGAAUCCAUCAUUGAAGAAACAAACAAACGCCCACUGAAUGAAAUGAAGGAAUCCAGACUGAAGCCUGAGAAAAUCCUCAUUGAUCAGUUGUGCAAUUGUUGCUGGGUAACGUGUCCUUUCUGUGCAGCUGUUUGCACCAACACCCUGAAAUAUCACAGCCAGAACGAUCACAGUGCACCUUUUCAUCGAUCCACUGCAGUAAAUGGUUGGCAUUACAGAUACACAGUGAAAAUGUCAGUUGAUUUCUGCACAACAAAAGUUGCCAGCAAUGGAAGCUUUUACCCUGAUUCUUCAGAAAGGGUAAUUCCCUAUAAAUGGUACCGAACUGGUGGCCCAAAGUAUGCUAGUUGGAACAUUACCCCUGAUGACUCUGAACUGCCAUACUGGAAAUGGUUUAUAUGUCAAUAUCAAAAUCAACUAGAAGAACACUACAAAUUAAAAUUUGAGGGCUUGGGAAAAAUUCCUGAAAACUGGAAAAAAAUCUCAAAAGAAGAAGCUAUUAAAAGUCUGGAUGAACUGUUCAAUUUGUGAGAGGCCACAAACAAAUGCAGCUCUGCUCAUCAUACUGGUUUGUUUUUGAAUCAUUUUCAUGACGCAAACUUAAAAAAAAAUGGCCUCAAUGAAUAAACGCAAAUUAAAUGAGUCAUGGGUGACUAUGGGGAGUUUCAUGCUAAUGUAAAGAUCUUCUUAACUCAAAACUUAAAGGGAAAAAAAGACCAGAAGAGCAAUGUGACCAUGUAUUGCA